CCUCAGGCUGCUACUUGCAAAUACGCUAUACGUGACUUGCCAUCGUGGAACACUAUGCCCACAUGGAUCACGGCAUUCAGUCGACCACCACCAAACCCUAAUAGAGGCUAUAUACUAUGCACUCAUAUCUCAUCCAUCUUCGAAUCGCCGCCCGGCGUGCCAGCACUGGUCGAACUUGCGUAACAGCGCUGCGACCAUAGAUCUAGGGCAACAUGAUAACUCUUGUGCGGCAACUGUUCGCGUUGCUGCGUCUCCUCUUCUUCCGAGGAUAUUGUCGACUGUCCCCCAAGGCACUGCUUGUACGGUUCCUGAACGCAGUCGAACGUUGUUGGAAAGACAAGGAGAAGCUGAAACAAAUCUUUCUCGGACAAGAGUCGCCAUGUCGUCGAGAACUUCGAGUCCAACCUGGACUGAAGUUGGCGACACGCACGGGGACUUCCGAUGUCUCUCCUACGUUUAUCUACGCAAGCAAGGAGCCCGCAUGCUACCCUACGAUAGGCUCGGAACAAAUUAUCGCAGCAGUUGUUGAGGUCCAGCGACAAAGACGCCCAAAUCGAGUUACGCCCAUCGAGCACCAUCCUGCGCCAACAAGCAAUAGCCUGUUCCACAAGGACGCGAUCGAGAUACAGAUCACAUCCCAAGCUGUGCCUCCGAGGCCUUAUGAAUGCGCACCUAGCGACCGUGAUGCGUCUUCUUUAGGCACCUACAACGGUGGCGGUCUGACUCCUGUUCAAAAACCGCUUUGUCCACCGACCCGUGCCUCUAUAAGAACCACAACUUCGCACUUUCCCAGCGUCAUCCCUGCAAGUUAUUUACCCUCGCUCCCGAUGGCGCCACUUGAACAACUGUCACAGACCACCUCGUCGACAGCCUCCAUCAUGUCUGUAGACUCGGCGAAGGACGCUAGUAGCGUCUCCGAUACACUCUUCUCUGAUCAUGCCACAGUCUUUGCUCUCGUCGACACUUCCGAGUCUUUGAUACGGCCGAGGCGGAGGCAGAGAAUGUUCCCUGCCCUAAAGACACAUCGAUACGACAGAGGAACCAAACUAGAAGAAAGCAGCUUUGAGUACACGGUACGCCCCGUGCAGACGAAGUAUUCACUGGAGGGAGUCCCCGAUGGUUGGGAAGCCGUCACGCAUCCCGAAGGGUGCCUGUACUUCUACAACCGAGCUCGGAAAAUCUACACCGAAGCUUGGCUCUGCGAUCCCGAGACAUUGGACGAGAUCGAGGACUUCGCCGCCCUUCUCGAGGAGGUGGCGCGUGACGACAAGAAAGACAUUCCACCGGACUCGGAGCUUGUCCUCGAGCUCGAGGUGAACCCGACAAAGGAGACCAAGCACUAUUGGGCGUAUUACUACGUCGAUCAUGCCGAACGAGUCCUCUUCUGGCUCCACGAGUACGUCGUCUCUCAAGAGCUAGAGGCGUUGAGAGGAAUGCAGUCCGCGUCACAAAUCAAGUACGGGAUCGAGACGUACUACUGGGGUCACUGGGAGUUCUUCCCGAUCGGCCAGACCGUCACUGAAGAGCUCCGGAACGAGGUUCUUCGUAAUCUCAUUCACGACGGCGUUGACCAGUUGACGUCAGCAUCGUCCACCGCUGGGCUGACCCCAGACGUUACAGAGAAACUGAUCUCAAUGAUCAAGACGUCAAGAGAUCUUGGAAGUAACCAGCACACUGCUCGCACCCUAGGACGCUUGAUGAGCCUCUUCGCUCACAGCAAAUACCACAACUACUACGGCCAGCAAGCUGCGCGGCUCGAUUGUAACACGAGUCUCUUCAACAACGAGCGCAACCGAUCGCUCUGGAUAAUUUCGUUUGCCGCACUCUUGUUCAAGUAUCCCCUAGUGCAUCUGCACGCUAUAGAGAAAGUAUGGAUCGAUGGUGUUAUUCACGAAAUUACCUGGACUCGAUUCGUCACCGACCUUCGGAAGGAAUGGCGAGAAGCCAUCAUUGCCUCUGCUGUACUACUCCUCGCGAAUUUGUCGUUCCUGCGGAUCGCGGUCGAUACUGAAGCUUCUCAACAUAGGACACCUGCGCAGACUACGAGUUUGGUGUCCAUGAUAGCUUGCGUCUCGUCUGUCGUCCUGGGCAUGCAGCUAAUCCGCCAGUACCGCGUGAAGCCCAGGAAGACAGCUUUGGAUGCUGUCACAUACCUGCAAAGCCAGGAGCAUCCUCGCCUCGGUAUGGAAACCCUCGCCAUCGUGUAUAGUCUUCCGUAUGCCUUGUGCAUGUGGGCAAUCGUGACGUUCAUGACAGCGUUGGCACUUGAGUGCUUCUAUGUGCAGGAUGAGGCUACCAUCAUCACGACUGCGGUUGCAUGGUGUCUGGUAGCGAUCUGUGCCACGCUGUGUUCCCUCUCAUUCUGGCAAGGUGGCGACUCAAACAGUCUUUUCCUGCGUGACUGGGCACACCGGCUAUGGAACAAGGCGCACAACGCAUCGAGGAGCCUUGGCGGUUCGUCGCAGCGAGAGGACACUGCAUUGACGCCGAACUCCUCGAGCGGCUCGACCACUGAGCUGUUCGAAGUGUAGCUUGUUCGUUUGAGAGGGGUGCUCUGACAGGUCGAAACGAUAUGCGGGACGUGGACUUUUCUUGGACUGGUUCAGUGAGUCACAUUUCUGUUGUUGUAUCCUUCUUCCAGAACGUCGUAAAUAGAGUAAUAGGCAGGCUUCCCUAAUCACAAAUGCAGGUUAUGUAAGAA